AGAUCAUGGUCUAUCCCUGCACUCUGCCACUUGGCUUUUCUCCUAUUAACUCCGAACAGAUUUGGAUUUAACCGCACAUUUUACGUUAGGCUUUUUUCAUGCACCACAGCAGACUUUUUUUUUUGAAUCUUUCAAGUGGUCGAGGGGACAUUAUUCAACACAUCUGCUUUAGGAACUGUCAAAAGAUUGCGUGCGUAACUUCGCAGGCUAAACUUGACUCAGAAAGGCUUCAUCCAGGUCAGAUUAUCAAGAAGCAAUAUGUCAUCACUUUUUAAUCGUACUAAGGAUUUUACUCGGACACGGAAAUCACAGUCGGACUCGCCACCCUCUUCUCCUUCACCGACAGCAAAGACACUACGUCAUGAAAGAUUAUCAAGGUUAGACUCUGGAGGCUCUAGCCUGAGCUCUACAGACUCUGCUGUCGGUAGAGUGAGUGCAUACUCACGCAGGGAGAAUCGUCUGGCUUCACUUGGAAGUAAAACUGAGGAGGAAAAUGAAAAGGAUUUCAAAAAGCUGUAUGAGAGCGCUUUCAAUGAAAAUGAAAAGCUUAAGACAAACCUCCGGGAGGCUCAGCUGGAGUUAGUGAACAUCAAGAACAAGCUGGAACGAGUUGCAAAGAAACAAGACCAGUCAUCAAGUCAGUCAGGGCUUUUGGAGGCAGAGAAGAGGGAGAAAAGAGUUUUGGAGCAGAGGAUGUCUGAGAUGGAGGAUGAGCUGAAGGUUCUCACAGAUCUGAAAUCAGAUAACCAGCGUCUGAAGGACGAAAAUGGUGCAUUGAUUAGAGUGAUCAGCAAACUCUCCAAAUGAAUCCCGUAGCUGAUAAUACAUUUUGUCCCCUAUGUUAUCUCUUUUGAUGUUUUCCUACCCAUCAAGCCAUUGGACGUGGAACUGCCUGUGUGAAAUUGUAUACUUGAUGCUAUUUUGUACACGAUUUUAUGUAUAUCUGAAGAAGGGAUUUUAGUAACUUAAAACAGCAGUUGCUCAAGGUGAGAAUAUUUCCUCAUUUAUACAUAUGUA